AUGGCCUCCAAAUGUGCUGCCUCAUCGAGGCUGGCUUUGCCUGCCGUUCUGCGCAAUGUUUUCCGCUCUCAGUUCACCAGUAACUUGGGCACUUCUGCAAUAAUUCCUUAUCACCGACCUCUUGCCUCUGGUCCUCUUUUCUCUUCGAAUAUCCAGCUGCAACGGCCCUUCAGUGCAAUUUCGCGCUUGUGUGAUCACCAGAAUGAAUCAGCGCCCGCAGCCCCUGAACCCCCGGCCGUCACCGAUAAUACUGUGCCUUCUCAAGACAAAACACCGAAAAAGAAAGAUUAUGACUCAUUCGGCAAGAAAGGUGGAUGGAAUAAUCAUAAGCGUCACCCUAAGGACCAGCGAAGGGACCCAGAUAGCACCGGAAGAACCGACAGGGAGCGCAGAGCUUUCCGCAACGAGACUCGCAGGGAAGCUAAAAAGGAACCUCGCAAGGAUUGGCAAGACAGAGCCGAAAAAGCGAAGCAGUUCUCAGAGAACAGGGGAAAGAGAAGGCCUGAGACCUGGCAAGUGCAAAAAGCAGCUCUGAAGGAGAAGUUCGCCGGUGGUUGGAACCCACCCAAGAAGCUUUCACCUGAUGCCCUUGAUGGAAUCCGUCAUCUUCAUGCGAAGGCCCCUGAGCAAUUCACGACCGCUGUACUCGCAGAAGAGUUUGAAAUGUCCCCGGAAGCUAUUCGUCGAAUUUUGAAGAGCAAAUGGCGUCCGUCGGAGGACGAGAUGGAGAGUCGGCGCAAGCGAUGGGAGAACCGACACGAUAGAAUCUGGAGCCGUAUGGCUGAGCUUGGUCUUCGCCCUUCGACCAACCGCACGCGGACCCUUUCAGACUUCCAUGUGCUAUAUGAUGACAACAAUCGCGAGCGAAGAUAG